UUUAUCAACGCUUAUGAAUUAUGCAAUUAGUUUGACCGCGUUGCAAUUCGUAGCUAUCUGAUCUGUUUUGUCGAUUUCAGUUUAAAAUCGCUAUAAUUUCCUCAUUACAAUGGAUAAAUACCUCACGUUAGAGAACCUUGAAUUAGGUCUAAAGUUUUCAGGAAUAAUUUCUGCAGGCAUAUUUUCCGGCGGUGCCAUCUACCUUGGAGGAUCACAACUGCCUGGUAUUUUAGCUAUGACCGAUAUGGAACAAGCAUUGAUGAAUUUUAGAUACUUUUGGCCUCGAGUGAGACAGAUGCCACGUUCUGCUUUAGUUGGUGGACUGUCUGGUGUUGGGGCAUUUUUGGUGAAAAGAAAAGUUGAAGAUCUUCCAUGGUUAAUUGGAGGUCUUGGGAUGCUGUUCAAUGGUGUAUUUACUAUAAAAGUUGUCUAUCCAAACUCUAUUGCCCAACUCAUGGAUCCUGAUCUUCUUAAGAAUAAUGAUGAGUCACAUGUCAUAGGAAUGUUCAAAAAGUUUGGAGACUACCACGACAUUCGUACAUACAUUGGGACGGCAGCUUUCGUUGCCUUCACAGUGGCUUUUUUCAAGUCUACUUGUCACUAAAGGGCUGUGAACUGUUCAACUUUAUUUAGGCCUAGAUAUUUAAUCAGAAUGAGUUAGUCAAUAGUCAUUGACAGUAGAAUGGUGUAUGUUGAUAAUUUUAUAUUAUGAUAAGCCAGUUCGGAGUUGCCGUUACUAGCCCAAAUAAACGUCAGGAUAAAGUUUAUUGAAUGAAUUGACCAUUCCGCAUGUUAUAAUCCAGUAAAUACAAUGAUUUAAUAAUUUCUUUCGUUGUUUCGGGUAUGGCGGUAAAAUUAUAGGCGUAAGUUGCAGGAAGUGUUAUUCUUGUAACAACUAACAAAUAAUUAUUAACAAACUUGAAAAACCUAAGAAAUUGAGUCGUCGUUGGAGUUGUUUAUUUUGUUUAUUGAACGUCACUUGAAUACGCAAAACGUGCUACAGAAAUAUAGUUUCCUUACGGUUCCCUGACUGAGCUCAUUGGGUCACUGGUAGCCGCGGUAGGUGAAGGUCCCUUCUUCGCCUUACCCUUAAUGGCGGUUUUCCACUUGGCGGAUUUUUUCCACCGAACGAAAUUUUCGUCUGAUAUUCUUUUCAAUGGUGAGAAUUCGACCGUAGCGGAUUCCUUUCGCCGGUCACAAUUGUAGAGAAAAUCGAGCGAAAAAUUUCGUUCCUUCGAAAAAUUUCGCCUAGUGGAAAACCGCCCUUAUUUUAAGGCGAUUUUCCACUUGGCAGAAUUUUUAGAUGAAACAAUAUUUUUCGCAUGAUUUUUUUUCUUGAGAAUUUUACCUAGCUGAUUUCCUUACCGGUCAUCGGAAAAAAGAUCAAGAGAAAAAUUUCGUUUAAUGAAAGAAUUCAGCCUAGUGGAAAACCACCUUUAUGUUCAGGAUGUUUGGAAGCCGACACCACGGGGCCGGUUGUUCAAAGCUUGGUUAACCCGCUAACCCUAGGUUAAUUAAAUUUUAAUCCGCUGCACCGGCCCUGGUUUUAAAACUUUACAUAAUAUGAUUUGUAUUGAAGCAGAAAAUACCUAAGGUUAAAUAUUCAACUUUUAUAAACAAGCGAUGAAAAAAAUUGUUAACCGGCUAUUCAACCCCGGAAUAUAACCACAAAACCACUUCGCGCGUUGACUUACGCACGUGUGUACUGCGCACAUAAAAUGCGAUAAUUAUGCAUGUUCUGUAAGUAAUAUUUGGGUUAUUUCAAAUUUCCUGACGAUUACAGUGUCUUAUUUGAGUUCUGUUAAUAGCUCUCGUGUGCGACAGGCUUAAAUUUCGAGGUGUUUACAAAUAAGAAUCAACACACUAGUAGAAACACGGAAAAUGUUUUCUAUUUCUUAAAUGUCUCAUGAUUAUUUGGAUGAGCGAUGGCAUCUUCGAACUGGCCUGUUUACUUUUUUCUGUAAGCAAUAAAAAAUCACUCGAAAGAA